AAGGAAAAAUGAAACACAUUAUAAAACUUUUAUAAGUAACAUAUUUUAGACAUGCUUAAUACCGUUUUUUAGUGUAGAAAAAAGUUGUAACAUGGAAGAAAUUAACGAGUGGCAACAAAUCGAACAACACACAGUUCUCGAAUCCUCUGGAGUUGACGAUGGUGGUGACCGAUCAUCAUCUUCUUCUUCCACUCCCACCCAUCACGAAGAGGAUGGAAGUUCCGUUAGUGAUAGGGAGGCUGCUACGCCGUUAGAUUGGGCCAAUGAAGGGAAGAAGCUGCUGAAGCUGCGGCUCGAGGCUAUGAGAGUGAAGAUUGUGAGAGUAGCUUCCAAGGUUCGUAGUUGUGCAAUGUGUGCUGGGGCGUUUUGGUCAAUUACGUGUGUGGCCGGAGGUAUAGCAGCGACGGUGGUGUUGGUGUGGUGGAUUUAUUUCGGGAUUCAAAGGCGUCGCCGGAAGGUGGAUGGUUUGAAUGAUCUUCUUAGACAGAAAGAUGAGGUAUUCAUCCUUGACCAAUUUGUGUCUUAUCUUAUUCAAUGUGCGGGCUUCUCAAAUUUGCUUCUUGUAAGGAUCCAUUAUCAUGGAAGACAUUAAACCUAAAGUUCGAAAGACCGUGGGGGAUAACUCAUCAGUAUGGGUGGACAAUGAGACACUGGAUGCUGCCUUUGCUUUUGAAUACAAGGGUGGCCUAGGGACCUUUUGAAAGGGGGGUGAUUCUCCCUGAAGAAGAUAAGAAGAUUUGCAGCAAAUGUGACAUGUGCGUCGUUCCGAUUCGUGAGUGCUUGUUCUCUUUGAUAGGAUUUUGGCUUCCCUUAAAUGAUUUUGAGGUUGACAUGUUUAAUCAUUUAAUAAUCCCCCCAUCAAAACUACAUCGAGUGAGAUAAACCUACAUCAAGGUCUUCUAACAUUUUUGUGAAUAUAAGAAGGAUGUGCCGACCAUUCCACUCUUCUUUCAUAUCUUUAAAGCCCAACGCAACUUUGCUGAUUCGACGUGGGGUCAAGGUCUUAUAUCUCUCAGGUUAUGCACCAAGUUAUUUUAACUCUACUCAAAGAAUGUGAAAUACUUCAAAGAUUGUUACUUCUUGGCCACUCCCUUUAACGAGACGGUUCAUGCCGACCUGUGUACCAUAGAACUUGAGUCGCCGAACCAAUGUUUGGAUAAGUUCUUUAGGUUCUUGUGUUAGGUUAAUUUCUUGGCAGAUUGUGGUUAAUAUAUUUACAAGAUGGACAACUUGUCUCAAGAGGAAGUCUUCUUAAAAAGGAAAUUGGUUUAUUCUUCAGAGGAUAUGGGCUACUUUGACAGUGUAGUUCCUUAUGAUGUGAGGGUGAAGAAACAAGAGAAUUGGUGCAUAGAGAGGCGCUUGUUGGUGGACGUCGUGCCUCUUUCGAGUGGUAUAACCAAUACUUCAACUAUUGGGGAGGUCUAAACCAUGGGGGCCUUGUUGGAUUGGUCACCCUUUGCUCACCUUCUCCGACACAAUAAGAGGUUUGUGAUUCUCAUAUGAGGAUCAUAGUGGAAGAUGUUUUGUGCUCGUCGCCGCUUCUAUAGUGGGAAGCCCCGAUUGUGAGUCUUGAUUUUGAGGGGUCUGAGGAGGAACGAUCGCUUAUCUGCCGACAACAAACAAUUAAGCAAGACUUGGGGGAAUCUGGAUCUAUAGAAGGGACUACGCUAACCCUUCCCCCCUUCAUUCCUUGUUUGUACUGGUCCAAGCAUAGUUGACGAGAUCCGAGCCUUUAUUCCUGAAGACAACUACACAUAAUUUUCAAGCAAAGAUGAGGUUGUAUGCCAGAUGGAAUUAGUGGAUCUGGCUUAUUACACUUGUUAUAUGUCAGUUAUCUUGGAGUUUAGUAUUGUCGAGAGGGGAUAUGUCUUCUCACUCGGCCUUCUUUGAAGGGAAAAAGAAGUUCUUAAAAAACAUGCAAAUGCUUUUAUAAUUGAGCAAGGUUGGUACUUGAAAGAGCUUCAAGAGGAGUCUAGUAUGCUUUUAGGCAUAGGGGCCGCUGCAAAACCUUUUGAGUACCCUAGCAUGCUGGCUAAUAAUCCACUGUCACUUGUACAUGUUUUGAUGGGGGAAACCAAAGCUCUAGCUCUCAAUCAAGAGACACUUACCAGUUCGAGUCCGCUCUCGGUGGGGAAAAUAAGGCAUAAGAUUUUUCCCAGAAGACGUUCGAGGUGCUGAAAGAAUCUAUGAGAGAGGCUCAUGAAGGUUGGAAGAAGACUCAGGAGGACCUUAGGGAGAUGCAUCUUGAGAAUCAUUCUUUAGCUGAGUAUGUGAAGGCUACGAAGGACAAUUACUCUGGUGGGUAUGUGUCUUUCGAGAAUGCAUUGCAGCAAAUGAAACAUUUUUAUCCUAUGUUUUGCAAGAGCUAGUUCGCCCUGACAAUGAAAUAGUGAACGACUUACUGAUAUCUAUUAUUGACGAGUCGGAUACGUAAUCAUUAUCUUUAAACUUUAUUGUUCUUGCUUGGGAGUGUGCAUUUCAAUUUCUUUUACUUGUCAUUAUUUUAUAUGUUUUACAACAUUACUUAAACUCCCGAAUUUAUUUCUAUGGAAGAUAGUUUUUUGGAAAUUUGGUUAAACAUUUCUAAAAAUUGCGUUCGGCCAAAGGUCUAUAUUCCUCCCUUAAAAAUAUUCAAUAAUAUUUAUUUUUAAUCAACAUAAAUAUCUCUAUUGAAUACUUAAACAAUGAGAAAUUGCAAAAAAGUAGUAACAUGUUACAUUUCGGCUAAAAUAUCUUAAUAUUAUAUUACUAAAAAGAAUUAAUUUAACCAAUAUUUAAAAAAUGUGAAGAUAAAUUCAACACAUUUUAUUUUCCAAUAAUCAAGUGUGUAUUGUUAUUCCUUGAAUAUCAUCAAUUUGGACCAUUAUUUUAUUUAACACAUUUUGUUG